AUGGACAUGCAUAAUCAACAGCACCAGACUCAAAGUGAGGACCAAGAUGUCAGUAGUGCUCAAGUAACUACAGCAGAGGUAGAGUCUCUAUUCUCCUCCUCUACUGUUUCUGAGGGUGCUUCUCAGAGCUCCCCUGCAGCAGGCAUUUCCCAAGAGUGUCAGGGAGCCCAAUCCACCAGCAUUCCUAUUGCAACUAUUUCAUGCACAAGUUCUAAUGAAGAUGCCAAGAGCCAAGGGGAGGAAGGUCAAAGCUCCUCUUGUGCUCUGCCCUCCUCUGAGAGCUCAGGAAGAGAUCCUCUGGUCAGGAAGGAGGGCUUGUUGCUGCAGUUUCUGCUGCACAAGUAUAAAAUGAAAGAGCCCAUUCUGAAGGCAGACAUGCUGAAGAUUGUCAACAGGAAGUAUAAGGAGCACUUUCCUGAAAUCCUCCGGAGAACCACUAAGCGCAUGGAGCUGGUCUUUGGUCUUGACCUCAAAGAAGUCAAUCCCAAUGGUCACUCCUACACUCUUGUCAGCAAACUAGACCUUCCCAAUGAUGGAAGUCUGAGCAACAGCCAGGGCUUACCUAAGAAUCGGCUUCUGAUGCCUCUCCUGGGUGUUAUCUUUGUGAAUGGCAACCGCGCCACUGAAGAGGAGAUGUGGGAAUUCCUGAAUGUGUUGGGGUUACAUGAUGGUAAGAGGCACUUCAUCUUUGGGGAGCCCAGGAAGUUCAUCACCCAAGAUUUUGUGCGGGAAAAGUACCUUGAGUACCAGCAGCUGCCCGACAGUGAUCCUCCACGCUAUGAGUUCCUGUGGGGUCCAAGGGCCUACACUGAAACCACCAAGACGGAAGUCCUGAAGCCUGAAGUCCUUAUGGCCAAGAUCAAUAAUACUGAUCCAAGUGACUUUCAGUACCCAUAUGAGGAGACUUUGAGAGAUGAGGAAGAACGAGCUCAAGUCAGAAUUGCAGCCAUGGCUGGCACUACUGGCCCAGAAAGGGUCCACUCCAGCACCACCACAUCCAGCAGCUUCCCACCCCAGAGAAGUCUGAAGUAG